AGGAGGGUGUACCCAGUGCUAUUUUGGGUAAUAAUUCUUGUACGAGUGACGCAUUUCCAUGAUCUGCAGGAAGUGGAUGCGGCGCGGGAGGAGGCUAGAGAAAAAGAAAUGAGACUGAAAAACUAGGGCACAGACAACUUCCAGGGAUUCCUAAUUUCUCCACCCACCAAGUCCAGGGUACCUUCCUCUCAUUUCCUGGCUCCUCCCUAGGAAAAGCCGGUUCCACUUUCGAAGGGGAAAACAAAUUCUAACGAGUUGGGGAAGGGUUGCCCUUAGUAAACGUGGCGGCCCAGGCGGCUUCAGCUCAGGGAAGGAGAGGGAAGGACAGGACGUUUCGCCAAUAGAUGAAGAAGUCUACAGUUUCGCCCACAGUCAGACGCUGCUGUCAGGCCCGCUGGAUUGGAACUCUCUUCCUGUGAAGGCUGUUCGAUCAACAAUGUCUCUGGAGGAUCCGUUCUUCGUGGUGAAAGGCAGCUCUCUGAAGUGGGAUGGCAACUUAUGGAGAGAUCCCUCUUUUGAGGCAGAGAUGCAGGUGCCUCAUGGUAGGCUGGAGAGCUUUGUCUUUUGGCAGGCUUCAGAUCAGACAGCGCAGGGCUGCACAACCUGUGACCGAUGAAGUUCAGAAAGCAAUGACUACAGCCUGUGGGCUCUAUCAGCGCUGGUGCCAGCUGCUCCAGGAGACACAGGUGGUUACCAAAGAGGAGCUGGACUGGACGACAAAUGAGCUACGCAACAACUUGCGCAGCAUUGAGUGGGAUUUGGAGGAUCUGGAGGAAACCAUUUGCAUUGUGGAGUCAAACCCGCGCAAGUUCAAAAUUGAGCCCUGCGAGGUAGCAGCACGGCGGUCUUUCGUCACGGAGAUGCAGAAAUCCAUCAAGGAGAUGCAGGAUCACAUAUCCAGCCCACAGGCGCAGGCCGUUGUGGAGAGUAAAAACAAAGAGAUGCUAGUGGGGAGCAGGGAACAUUAUGGGCUUUUGGAUGCAGAAGAUCUGUCCACGGCCAACUCACGUACAUUGGAAGAGCAGCAGUUGCACCAGAAGUUGAUCAUUGACAAGCAGGAUGAGCAGCUGGAGCUGGUCUCUGGAACCAUUCGGGUAUUGAAACACAUGUCAGGUCGGGUCGGAGAGGAAUUGGAUGAACAGACCAUGAUGCUGGAAGACUUUGCCUAUGAGAUGGACAGCACUCACAGUCGCAUGGAUGGCGUGCUCAAAAAGAUAGCUAGAGUCUCCCACAUGGCCAGUGACCGGCGGCAGUGGUGUGGCAUCUGCCUGUUGCUCUUCGUGCUCGUGCUGGUGGUGGUUCUUCUCUUCACUCUGUGAUCAACCGGCAGAAUGGACAUGGGGGUGGGGGGACAGGUGGCAGGAGCCAGCCCCACACCUCUUGAGUGGAAUGCCUGACGCCACCACGGCCACGUAUCCUGUGCAAGGAGGCGAGUCACUCCAUUGGAAGAGAUGGUGGCCUUCUGUGGAAUGCUCUUUCUGCCCUCAGACUCUUGGCUCCCCUUUGGGGCUAUAGGUCUAGUGAAAAGUCAGGACUGGAUUCUGGAAGUUAGUAGCUUUACACACCUAUGAAGCUGCCUUAUACUGAAUCAGACCACUGGUCCAUUUACAUCAGUAUGGUUUACAUGGCCUGGCAGUAGCUCUCCAGAGUUUGACCGUGGUCUUUCACAGCCCUGCAUGGGGAUGCCAUAUAUUGACCCUGGGAUCUUCGGUGUGCAAAGUUGGCACUCCACCACUGAGCAACAGCCCCUCCCCAAUAAUAUCCUUUUGACCUAUACACGCUCAAGACAUUGGAGCGAAGUUACAAGCCUCUGCCUGCCUAUGUGGAGACCAUGUCACAUGUGCUGUAUGUAUUGUCAAUACUGCAAGUAGAAGCAGCACUAGUACAAGCUUCCUUUUUCUGCAGUCUUGCCAUCCCAUCCCCAGCAAUCUGAAAAGCAGAGCACAGCCCCAGCUGCCUAGUCUUACUGCAGUAAAAGAACUGUAUUGUUCACGCUACCUCUUUGAUUGGGAGCAAGUUGGCUCUCUUCAAUAUGCUUGCUGAUGAAACGUAAUGGACUAUGCUGUCAGUUGCAUUUCAUCUCAACAAAUGCCAGAUGGGAACUGUGGCUAGACUGGGCAGAACAAAUUACAGUCUUGCUUCCCCCACUUCUUUUUUAAAGAGCAAAGAUACUCGGAGUUGAGGGUAGUCCAAAGCUGUCUCACUACUUCAAAGCCAAAAGAAAAAUUCUGCUCUUGAAACUGAGCACCGAGGAAUCCAAGGCUCCUUCUCUUAACCAGAUGCCAGCCUCCUCCAAAAGCUGGGAGUAGAACUUGGUCCCCUCAUCCAAUCCCAGGACUCAAUGGUCUGCUUCACUAUUCUUGUGCUACUGCUAAGUAUUCCAAGAAAACCAGUUUGCGAACAUGUUGGCUUAUUCCCCUCUCCCCACGGGGUACAGUAUGAUGAAUGUACACCGUCCCAUGAAGUCUAAAUCUUGGUCAAGCAGACUCUGCUGGUGCCUACAUGCAGAGACUACUUUCAACCAAGCCCCAGUGACUCACAGCCUUACCUGGAGGACAGGAAAGGUCACUGUACUCAGCUGUCACAAGCAUUCAGAAGCCAUUCUGCAUUUUACUGGUGCAGUUUUAAGAUGCCAAAGCAACUUUUUUAAAAUAAACAAAGAAACAUACAUUUUAUAUCUGUAUUUAAAUGCA